GAUAAUAAUGGCCGAACGCCGCUGCUAUACGCUGCUUGGAGCGGGCACGAGGCGGUCGUGCGGCUGCUGCUCGAGAAGGGCGCCGAUCGCGAUGCGAAGGAUGUCUUUGGCCGGAGGUCGCUGCUGUACGCUGCUUGGAGCGGGCGCGAGGCGGUCGUACAGCUACUGCUCGAGAAAGGCGCCGAUCGCGAGGAGAAGGAUGGGAUUGGCCGGACGCCGCUGUUGCACGCUGCUCAGGACGGACACGAGGCGGUUGUGCGGCUGCUGCUAG